AAUUUUCUACCUCUGCCACGUGAGACCCCGUCGCGUCCACCGUGGCGCCUUCUCCGACGCGGUCUCUUCCCGCCCGUUCCUUCCCCUUUCCUCUCCACACCUCUAUUUAAGCAAAAAUUUCCCUCAAUCUCCUAAUCCGGAAAACGAAAUCAUUUCGGAGCCCUAAAGCGAAGAAAAAGGAAAGAAUCACUGUAAUAUGGGCAACUGUUGCAGAAGCCAAUCCUCUACAAUGAUCUUCGCCGGAGACGAUUGGGGCUCCUUCAGUUCCAAGCACGGCCGUGGCCGUGGCGGAAACGCCUCAACCUCCAGCGGCGAUCCAGAGAAAUAUAGACUACUUGGAGAGAAGCAAACGUCGUCGUGUCCACAGCCGCAAGUGAAAAUCAAGAUGACGAAGAGAGAGCUUGAGGAUCUGGUGAAGAAUCUGGAGAUAGAAGGCUUGAGUCUAGAACAAGUAAUUGGGCGGAUGAUGAACGAUGAGGACGAAUUUCAAGGUGAGCACCAUCGCUCAUGGAGACCUUCUCUUCAAAGCAUUCCAGAGUGAUCGAUUAGCGGUUAGCUCUUCCUGAUCUGUAAAAAAGAAGAAAAGAACAGGAAAUUCAUUCAUUCAUUAUAUCGAUUUGUUUUGCUGUACAUGUAAAUUAGUUCGUUGAAUUCGGUUCUUACUCAUUUGUAAAUGUUAGGGCAAAUUUGCAUUUAUUGCAAGCUUGAGAAGCAUGUGAAGAUUAAAUUAAACAUGAAUUCCCACUUGGUUUGCA